CGGUCUUUGAUCCGGGUCAACUCCUGCACGACCCUGCAUAACCUACAGAACGAGAGGGUAGAGCAGACAAGCGUAAAACGCUAGACGCUAGCCCCGCUCUUGCAAUCGGCUGACAUAUGUCCUCGCAAUGCGGCAGGUUGGACGAGAGAAAGGAGAGAAAAGAGAAAAGGGAAAAGAGACAGCAUUCGACUCUAUACUCCUUCCCGCACAUCUUCUUUCCCGUCCCUAUGCAAUUACCCGAGACAAUCGCUCUCUUGCCGUUGGCAGCUGGACGACGUGCGACGAGGGCAGUGGGACGAGGACGGGCGGUAUUCAAACCAACGUGCGACGACGACUCCACUGCUCUUUUUUUGUUUUUUUAUCUUGAAGAUUUGAUUUUUUUUUUGCAAUCGGUCACGGGCCAUCAAUUAUCGUCUGAGCCGAGAUCGGGUCUUGCGCGGUACAUAGUUAGUACACAGUACAUAACUAGUACAAGGCACCCUACUCGCAUGCCGUGUGAGACGGACGACGACGUUCUCGAUCUGAACCGCCCGUACUCCAAGACUUCUGCGUCCACGUCCCGUCGAAGACUUGUAUCGCCUCUGAGGGUUCGUCUGUCGGAUCGUCGGGGUGGACCUGGAUGCGGAUGGACCCGGUUAAGCGUUGCUUUAGCCAGCCAUGCGAAUGAUUGUCGGGUGCAGGGGCCCAGCCGGUUUUGAGUCUGGGUCCACUUGUCUUGUGUCGAACGGCCAUGUUGGAUUUAAUUCCAGACGUGAACGGAACCUCCAUUCCAAGGUGACAGAUUGACGACAGAACCAUCUACACAAUGAUAU